AAAGCUGACCAAAGAAUGGGAAGUUGCUUCUAAGUGAAACAAUGAAUUUUGAUACCCACAAAAGCCAAAGAUUGCAUCUUCAAGCAACCAAUCCCAAUACCAACAUUAUCACCUCUACAAAAGGAAUUUACUUGUACAAGUUUGGAGAGCCCGAGAGAGAUCGAGCUUUCUCUAAUGGAGGAAGUGGUGAUAGAAAACCUUUUCAAUGGUGACACAGAAGCGCAGGUUCAAGCAGCUAGAGACCUUAGUAAACUUAGCAGUAAGCAGAGGCACAAGUUGGCUGAAAGAGGUGUCACGGCGCCUUUGAUUUUGAUGCUUCAGUCGCAAGAUUACGACGCCAUUGAAGCUGCUCUGUUUGCUCUGCUCAGUCUUGCCUUCGGCAGUGAACGAAACAAGAUCCGGAUCAUGAGAUCUGGGGCUAUACCAGUCUUGCUAGGCCUCCUUCAAUGCCAAAGUGAGGCACUGAUUGAGCUCACAAUAGCAGCCAUGUUGAUCCUCUCCUCCUGCACAGCAAACAAGCUAGCAAUCGCAUCUCAUGGAGCGAUCCAACUCUUGGUGGAAUUUCUCAAUAUGAGUGGCAGCAGCAUCAGCAUCAGCGUGCAAGCCAAGCUCGAUGCAAUAGCCACACUCCACAAUCUCUCAACUUGUCAACAGAUCAUUCCUUCAAUGGUCUCUUCUGGGGUCUUAUUUUCCUUGCUUCAACUCAUCCACGGCUCCGAAAAAUCAUCCGAGUUGGUCGAAAAGGUAAUGGGGCUGCUGGAGAACGUCGUUUCCUUGUCAGAGAGUGCCCUUUGUGAAGCUGCUGGCACGGGUGGUGCCAUUCGUGCAUUGGUCGAGACCAUUGAGGAUGGUUCCCUGCAAUGCAAAGAGCAUGCGGUGGGGAUUCUCCUCCUCAUAUGCCAGAGCUGUAGGGAAAGAUACAGAGGAGUUAUUUUAAGGGAAGGAGUGAUGCCAGGGCUGCUUCAGUUGAGUGUAGAUGGGACGUGGAGGGCUAAAACUAUGGCUACACAGCUGCUGUUGCUUUUGAGGGAUUGCCCAAGCUACGGUUCAAGAAAUAAACAAUCAAAAAAUGAGCUUAUAGAGCAGAUUAUGCAAGAAAUUGAUGCGGGAGAGAGCGUCGAGGGGACGACGCUGAGGCUGUUGGAGGAGAUGAUUGCAAAGCUUAGUACAUGACAUCAUAUAAUUUUUCCUUCUAAAGCAUAGAAGUCGUGGUUUCUAGGUGAUGGGAUUAGUCAUUUUGACAAGGAUAUUUGUAUGUGUAUAUAGGAUUGGUUCGGGAUUAUUCAGCUAAUUUUUGUCCAA